AUGAAGCUCCGAUCUGUGUUGAAGAAACUAAAAAAGAAGAAAAAGGCGUCUUCAGAGGGUGUGGUCCAUGAUGAGCCUCAAUCGCCCUAUGAGUCGGAAGUACGCAUGGCACAAGCAAAGGUGCAACGAGUAGAGAGGGCCAGCAACUCAUCGAACAAUGGGAAUUGGCAAACGGCGCCAGUAGAGCCAGCAUCGUCACCCAAUAAGCAUCAACUUCGACAUCAAUAUGAAACAACCAAGAACUCUGAUGUUCAGCAGAUUCAGAAGCUUCAGCAGCUUCAGCAGAUCCAGCAAACCAAGCCCAGCAGCCCUAAAUCAGCCCAACCAAUGAGCAAGCAAAGAUCAGUUCCUGUGCAACGUUCUUCUGUCAGUGCGUCAAAGAGUAGCAGCUCCUUUCAAGAUGACUUUGGAGUGGUGGAACCUAAAGGCUUUCAGGCCAGUCCUAAUGAAACUUGGACUUCCUUUGGGGCUACCUUUGGGGACUCGAGUGGGUUCUUCAACGCGAGCAAUUCAAAUAGGACAGAGCGUACUGCUGCCGAGAGUCAGUCAACGGCGAGACCAAAUACAUCGUCGUCUUCCAUGUCCACCAUGUCAUCACCGGCGAAUUCGUCUUUCCUAUCCUCCACAAGAUCCGAAGAUCUAUCUUCGCCUUCCGACCUCUCAAGAAUUUCAACAUCAUCUUCGACUCUCUCUUCUGCACUGAACGAGAUUCCUGAAGAGAAGCCUAGUAGCCGGGCUACUACUGCUACUGCAGCUGUUACUACUUCCUCUCCAAGCAAAGAAGGACGAUCCGACAGGAGUGUUCAGAUGGGAACAUCGGAAAAGCGCCAGCGCCCUUCUCCCACUCUCUCUCAUCACAAGUGGGAGCCACCAGCUCCUGUUGCCGCCGUUAAGUCCUCACUGUCCUCCUCAAUCCCCCAAGAAUCAUCCCAAGGUGCUGCUGCUUCUGCUUUGCCGACUGCCUCUGCCAAGAGGAGCAGCAUUACGGCAAGAUACACCUCUGCUCUCAAUUCCUCCACUUCCUCUCCAGCCCCCAAACUCUUUCGCACUCCGUCCCGACCUUCGGUGCUGGACAACCAUCCACUCUUUCGCAAGAAAUCCAUGGUGGAACAACGAAAAGAGGUCUUUGCCAAGCCACAACGACAAGUGGAAGAAGAAGAACGGGAGGAUCAAGAGGUUGCCGAUGCGGAUGCCCCACCACCACCACCACCCAUGGAGGAACCAGAGGUUGCUGGAACUCCACCAUCCAAGUUUAGCCGAAUUGCUUCCUCCAACAGCAUUGUGGUGGAUGGCAACAAUAAGGGAGCAACUCCUGUUCUUGCCAACCCGAGAAAACUGUUUAGUGACAAUGAUGAUCCAAAGGAUGCCGAGGGGAUGGCUCCAACAAAGGAUCAGAAUGAUGCCACUACUACCACUACCAUGAACGAGGAUGUCUCUCUUGGAUCCAUAGCUGCUUCGGAGGCACCAACUGAGGAGGCCACAGUCACACCACCUGAGCAACAAGGACAAGAAGAGGACCAAGCCAUGAUGAUGGAACAAGACCAACCCACAUCCGUUCCAUACAGUCCUGAUCGUAGCGAACAAGAACAAGAAACUCAAGAAACAAGCUUUGAUGAAGACAAAAUGCCAAGUCUUUCCGGUUCUUCUGAAUUCGAUGCGGUUUCUCCACCAGCAUUUACCACCACCGACACGGUGGUUUCGGCCUCACGUUCUUCCGUGGCGCAGUCCAGUAAGUCCACGACUGUCUCGUACCACAGCGAACAAGAUUCCGAUGACGAAACGGCUCCCAUUGGAGAACUCAGCUUUGAUUCUCAAACCGAAGGUGGCAGCCAUACCGAAGAAGAAUUCACAGUGGACAGUCGCGAUUAUACCGUUGAUCCAGACGCCCUUUCCGUCUUGUCCGAAGACUACACAACUUACACCCACGAGCUGCGGCACAAAAAAGGACCAUCAGAUCGCCUUUCUAGGUGGAUUGAGAAUACCAUCUUUGGCAUGGCCAAUUUAAUGUGUCCCAUGGAAGAGGGUGAUGUCUACGAUGCCUAA